UCGUAAUUGUCAUGAUUGCAGACAUAUUCUGAGUCACGAGGUCACAAUUUCACACUCAAUGCCACAUUCUCUGAGAUUGAUGUGGGUAAAUAUGAUGGUCUAAUUCUUCCUGGAGGACGAGCUCCAGAGUAUCUUGCAAUGGAUGACUCGGUUUUGACUAUAGUUCGUAAAUUUCAAGAAAGUAGAAAGCCAAUUGCAUCCAUCUGCCACGGACAGUUGAUUUUAGCAGCAGCAGAUGUGGUGAAAGGCCGAAAAUGUACUUCAUAUCCUCCUGUAAAGCCAGUUCUAAUUGCUGCUGGUGCUCAUUGGAUAGAGCCAGAGACAAUGGCUACAUGUGUUGCUGAUGGAAAUCUGAUAACUGGACCAACAUAUGAGGGGCAUCCCAAGUUUAUCGAGCUCUUUGUGAAAGCUGUAGGUGGCUCUGUAACAGGAUCAGAUAAAAAGAUUCUGUUUCUUUGUGGGGACUAUAUGGAGGAUUAUGAGGUUAUGGUUCCAUUUCAGUCUCUUCAGGCUCUAGGUUGUACAGUUGACGCCGUUUGUCCAAAGAAAAUUGCAGGAGAAAAAUGCCCUACAGCCAUCCAUGAUUUUGAAGGUGACCAGACUUAUAGUGAGAAGCCAGGCCAUAAUUUCACUCUAAAUGCGACUUUUGAUAGCGCCUGUGCUUCAUCUUAUGAUGCACUAGUGAUCCCAGGAGGUCGAGCUCCAGAGUAUCUUGCUCUUGAUGAGAAAGUUCUUACUUUGGUGAAGAAGUUUAUUGAUGGGGGGAAACCAGUAGCAUCAAUUUGCCAUGGACAACAGAUCUUAUCAGCUGCUGGAGUUCUUAAGGGGAAGAAAUGCACGGCGUAUCCAGCAGUGAAGCUCAAUGUGGUGCUGGGAGGAGCGACGUGGUUGGAGCCUGACCCUAUUGACCGUUGCUUCACUGAUGGAAAUUUAGUCACAGGUGCAGCUUGGCCUGGACAUCCAGAGUUUGUUUCUCAGCUUAUGGCCUUGCUUGGUAUUAAAGUCUCGUUCUAAAUGCAUUGAACUUUAGGUUAACGUGCAUGAGUGUGCAAGUUGCAACUCGUUUGAGGGAGUACGUACAUGGUGGGGGGAAAAAUGUGCGUGAGUGUGUAAGUUGCAACUCUUUUUGAGGGAGUAUGCGUAUGGAGGGGGGAAAAAAUACUAGAUAUCAGUUUGUGAGAAGUGGUUGGGUUUUAUGUAUGUACUUUUGUUAUACUAGACAUCAGUUUGUGAGUAAGUGGUGGGUUUUAUGUAUGUACUCUUGUUAUUCCAUGUGUUAAUGCUUUUGAAAUGAGUGAUGUUGGUGUA